UCGACUGGGCUAGUAGUAACUAACCUACUUAUAAUCAUUUUCUUUGACUCUGUCUUGAGAAAAAGAGUUGUGAAACAGAUAUUGUCUUUGUUACAGAAGUAUAACAUUAUCCCAGUGCAUGCCUGUUUAUCAAACAAGUCCUUGAUGGUUUAUUUAAGACAUAUGUAAAAAAUUACACCUGAUUUAAAAAAAAUAUAAUAUGCCUAUUAUGGUAACGCUCAAAUCAUAUUAUACAAACAUUUGAAUUUAGCAGUACAAAAGUCAGAUAAAGUACAAAAGUAUUUGAACAAAUUUUCAUGUCCAAAGUGUUUAAAAAGUAUAUUUUUCAUAUAGUGAAUCAAAAUCAUAAGAAAUUAGAAUGAUCAAAAUGUUUUUAGGCAAAUAAGUAACUACAAAAUUGCACAAUGAGCACCAAUAUUUAUUUCUCCUUAAUAUUCUGCAGCUGUUUCGUGAUAAAACUAUGUUCCAGUGAAUCGAUUCCAGCUCUUCUAUUAAAGGAAGAUGUGUUAGGAAAGCUGGGAGCUCCCGGGGAUAUGAUUGGAACAUUUAUCAAUGGAAUAUCUAAGAACAUGAAUGGAACUGUGAAUAUUCCCCUAGUUGUGGACCUUAUGCAAAGCGAAUCAGAUUGGAUGAAACCCACACAGAAAAAGGAUAAAUCAUCAAUGAAUUCAAGAAUCUCAAAAUUCAAAAUGCAUAGUUCAAAUCAAGAAAGAAACGAAGAGAUGACACCUAAAACUCUGUUCGACAGUAGUCUUGGGCAUAAAUCGAAAAGUGAAAAAGAUAUACUGAAUGAGUUGAAGCAAUCACUUGGAAUAAUGAUGAAAAAACCUAGUUUUGAAAAUAGAUAUCAACAAAAACAAAGUUGGAGAACCAAACCUGUCCAGCCAAAAAAUGAAAAGCUUGGAGAAAUUGAUGUAACCGAGGCAAAUGAAGAUUCAAACGAUGAGAAUAAUGAUGAGGACGAUUCUAUUGGAAAUGAAGAGAACAGUCUCAAAGAUCUCCAGACAUUUGAGACACCAAAGUAUACCACUGAACGAUUUCCAUCAACUAAGCGGCGACAAUACACAAGUAACAGGAUUGAAUUGAGAGAGAAAAAUGUAAUAUCCAAUGGUCUGCAUGAUAGGUAUUACAGCGGCCAAUCAAAGUCUCAAAAACUUAAGGGUCAAUCACCGUUCCAGAAAAAGCAUCAUGAAACUAUGAUGUCAAUUGAUGAUAUUCUACAAGUUCUUGACAAAAUUUCUUCAGACAUGAAACAUGAUAAAAAUAUUUACGAUUUCAAAGAAAAUGAUAACAACCAAAUACGUGGAGAUGGGGAACAACAGAUGCUUCUCAAGAAUUUGAAGAACUAUUUCGGACUGAUUGAUUUGAAGGAUAAAUUGGGGUUUGAACCUGUCAGCCCAGGAAUAUUGGAAGAGGAUAGUUUUGAUUCAUUAGAUGAGGAAGGAACUGUAGAUGACUGUAAGAUAAAUUAUGAAGGAGAUUUAGCUAAAUCACGACCACAACUUGAGAAGGAUGAUAAAACAUCAGCCAACAUGGAAACAAAUAAUUUAAAUAGUUUUUACAGAAAUUUAACUGAUAUGUUGAUGAGCUCACAAUCUUCAGGAAAUAUGAACAGCUUGAUAAACUUGAUAAGGAAUAUAGAUAAUUUCCAGAAGUCAUCUCUGAGUUUGCCUUCUAUAUUUGACAGCCAAACUAAUUUGAAAAGUAAUGAAGAUAUGGAAGAUUCUAUUGGUAGUUUGAGUCAGCAUUUGCACAGCUCUGCUCAAUCUAAUGAUAAGAGCGGAUUUACAAAUGAUGCAGAAAUGAUAGGUGAGUUGAAAGAUAAUAAACAAUCAGUUCAAAAUUCAGGUACAUCUAUUAGAAGAGACGUUGCUCUAGAAGAGAAUGAUAAACCUAUUGAUGAUUCAGGAAAAGUAGGCAUGCAAUCUGUCACUACAGGUGACAAUUCGAAAGAUGAACAUUCAGGGAAGAGUAAAAGAGAGGCAGAACAGAGUCCUACUCAAAAUAUUGAAUUGUCACUGACAAAUGAUAAAAGUUUAGAUGCAAAUGAAAAGGCACAUGAAAAAGCAGUAAUUGGAGAGUUGAAUUUGCAUGAAUAACAAUCAUCGAUUUGAGAUUUAUAAUUUAGAACUAUUAAGAAAAGUGGGAUUGGAAGAUAACAAAACAUGGAUGAAUUCCUACAAAUAACAAAAAGAUGAAAUACAUCUUCAUAAAAAUUCAAAUGAUUAGAAUAUUUUAAUUGAAGUAGGAUAUCGAAUCAAAGAUUUGAAUAAAUGAUGGAAUAUUCUACAGAUUGAAUUUUGAUAUUGAUAUUGUUUUCGAAACAAAUUUUUCAAAAGAUACUCAUUGGAUAGACAAUAUAAGAGUCAGAAUUUUCUAUUGCCGUUGAGGAAUACGGUAGUAUAAAAGCAACAGAUCAUCAAUUAUGUGGAAUGGUACGGUGAAAAUAUGUGUAAGGAAAUUGAAAUAAGUUUAAUAUCAAAUUUUGUUAACGAUGACCCGAUGGGAAUAAUCUCUAAUGAAAUCUGCAGAUCUGUUAUUUGGAUAGCAAUAAAUAAUUUAAAAACCAAA